AUGGUUCGCACGCGGCAGUUGACCGAGAAGCCCAUCGAGGGUCUCACAAACGGCCACGCCAAUGGAACAGCCCAUGCGCACCGCUUAGAUCCCAGCAGCGAAAGAACUGACCGGUCCAGAUGGAGACUGGCUGCUGAAUCAGGCCGCCAGACAUGGCACUAUUUAAAAACGGACAAGGAAAUCGAAGAAUGGCCACAAACCACCGCCGACAAAUACUUCCUGGGUUUACCAACAAAUCUCCCUGAGCUGCCUCCUGCGUCCAGACCCUCGGAGUCGAUAGACAACUGCCUGACAUUCUAUUCCAAACUCCAAUUGCCUCCGGGGAACUGGGCAUGCGAAUAUGGCGGCCCACUGUUCCUCCUGCCCGGUAUCGUCAUUUGCUGGUACGCAACAGGGACACCAAUCCCCCCUGAAUAUCGUAUAGAGAUCAGAAACUACCUCUUCGCGAGGCAAAAUAAAGAUGGUGGUUGGGGUCUUCAUGUCGAAGGGAACAGUUCGGUCUUCGGCACUGCAAUGAACUAUACAAUCCUCAGAAUAUUAGGAGCCAGCGAGGAGGACCCACGGAUGGUCAAGGCAAGAGGGAAGUUGCAUGAACUCGGAGGUGCAGUCAACGGUCCGCACUGGGCAAAGUUCUGGCUCAGCGUGCUGGGUGUUAUGCAAUGGGAGAUUGUCAAUCCUGUGCCACCAGAGUUGUGGCUUCUCCCUGACUGGGUCCCAAUUGCCCCUUGGAGGUGGUGGGUGCAUAUGCGCCAGGUCUUUUUGCCCAUGUCCUUCAUAUGGUCCAGGAAAUUCACCAUGCCAGAGAAUGAACUUACCAGACAGCUACGGCAAGAAUUGUUUGUGCAGCCGUACGAAACGAUCAACUUCGACUCGCACCGCAACUCGAUCUCCCCUGCGGACAACUACCACCCGAAAUCUUGGCUCCUGAAUCUGAUCAAUGUCAUCCUGGUCUGGGUCUGGAUCCCGCUAUUGAGGACCAAGACUCUCGUCGACCGAGCAGAGGCAUGGGUCUGGCGACUUGUUCAGUACGAAGACCACAACACGGAUUACGCCGAUCUGGCUCCUGUGAACGCCCCCAUGAACGCAAUCUGCUGCUUUAUACAGGAGGGCGGUGACAGUUACUCGUUCAAGCGCCAUCUCUACCGCCUCGACGAGUACUUAUGGGUGAACAAAGAAGGCAUGCUGGCCAAUGGCACCAACGGCGUGCAAGUCUGGGACACGGCAUUUACUAUCCAGGCAUGCGUCGAGGCUGGUCUGGCCGACUCGCCAAAAUGGAAGCCCAUGCUGACCCGAGCACUGGAGUUCCUUGAGGCCGAACAGAUCCGAGAAGAAGUGCCUGACCGAGAGAUUUGCUACCGACAGGCCCGGAAAGGCGCAUGGCCCUUCAGCACCAAACUGCAGGGCUACACCGUGUCCGACUGCACGGCCGAGGCUUUGCGAGUAGUGCUUCUUCUGCAGAACGGACACAAAUACAAGUCCCUGCUGGAUGAAUCUCGGACCCGCGACGCCAUCGACGUCCUGCUGACCAUGCAGAACAAACACACAGGCGGGUUCGCCAGCUACGAGAUCCAGCGCGGCUCCGAAUGGUUGGAACUGCUGAACGCCGCCGAAGUCUUUGGCCGCAUCAUGGUCGAAUACGACUACCCCGAAUGUACGACCGCGGUGGUGACUGUGCUGUCCCUCUUCCAGAGAUUCUACCCGGACUAUCGUGCCCAUGAGAUCAAGAACAUCAAGGAGACCGCACUGCAGUAUAUCCGCGCUGCGCAACGCGAUGACGGAUCAUGGUAUGGAAGCUGGGGAAUCUGUUUCACCUAUGCCGCCAUGUUUGCGCUCGAGUCACUGGCGUCUGUGGGCGAGACGUAUGCUUCGUCGCCGCGCGUCAGAAAGGCAUGCGAGUUCUUGAUCUCCCAUCAGAUGCCCGACGGCGGCUGGGGCGAGAGCUACCGCACCUCCGAGCUCAAGGUCUGGGUCGACCAUGAGCGGUCUCAGGUCGUGCAGACGUGCUGGGCCGUCAUUGCCCUGAUGUACGCCCACUAUCCCAACAAAGAGCCCAUCGCCCGAGCUUUGGCUAUGGUCAUGGGCCGCCAGCAACGCAAUGGCGAGUGGCUGCAGGAAGCCAUCGAGGGCGUGUUCAAUUGCUCCUGCAUGAUCACAUAUCCCAACUACAAGUUCUAUUUCCCCAUCAAGGCGAUGGGAAUGUAUAAAGCUAGAUGGGGAGAUGAAAUGUUGAUCUAG